GAAGUUCAUGAAGUUUCGAUAUACAAGUACAACAAAUAUCUUACUGAAAGCAGAAAUGGUGUCAGAGAAAAGAUUCAUGCAAACACAGCAUCAGUGAGACCUUCCAUUCAAAACAGUGAGAGCAUUGGAUGGUUCAAGAAUUUUGUAAAUGAUAUUGGGGAACACAUGCCACAUCAGGAGAAGAUUACUCUUCCAGCAGGAAUGAAGAAGACUGAGGUCUGGAAAAUAAUGGCAUCUGACCUUGACUCUCAAUCCCUGACAAAGUCAUCCUUUCUGAAGAUAUGGAAAAGGUCCUUUCCACACAUAACAGUGGUUAAAGAAAACCCCUUUUCAAAGUGCCACAUUUGCACAACUCUCCACUUCGAAUUUGAGAAGUGUGGAAGAUAUGAGAGAGAUGCAAAAAUGAUUGUUCUUGAGAGAAAAAAGCAGCAUUGGGAUUACGUGAGGAGACAAAAAGAAGCAUACUAUGAGAGGAGAGAAGUGUCAAGGUUGUUUCCCCGCAAAUGCCUGACCAUUAUCAUGGAUGGAAUGGACCAGAAAAAAACAAACAUUCCCAUUCUUUUUUCCAAAUCUAGGAAUUCGAAGCAGAUUGGCAAUCUCCAGCAAGUCAGGACUCAUUUGCUGGGCUUCCUUGUACACAGAGAUUCAGAGGUAUCAGGAGCACGGAAAGUUGGAUAUGGCUAUUUUGAUCUUCUCCAGUAUCCUCAUGACUCCAAUCUCAAUCUGACUGUAUUACUGCAAACUCUACUUGACUACAAAGACUGCCUGGGAAGGGAAUUGCACUUGCAGACAGACAGUGCAUCUGAUAACAAAAAUAAGAUUGUUCUUGGCUUCCUUGGUAUUAUGGUUCACCUUGGCAUUUUUGAAGAGUGUUAUUUGCAUAUGCUACCCGUUGGUCAUACCCAUGAAGACAUAGAUGCCAUGUUUUCCAAUUUUUCCAGCUUGUUAAAAGCUGAUAUAAUGACAUUGGAAGAAUUGACAAGGACUUUUCAGAAAUUAAGUUACAUCAAGGAAUCAAAAAUUGUCAAAGAAGUCUGGGAUUUUAAAGAUUGGAUGGUACAUCACCUGGUCAACAACCAUGGUCUAGGAGACCAGUUUGAAUUCAGAAUCCAUACUCUUGACAAAGAAAGCAGGACCCCCAUCUUCCAUUAUAGAAGGGGUGAAGGUGAAAGAUGGCUGCCAGACUGUGAAGAUGAAAACUCCUUUGAACAUCAGCAGGAUAAGUGUGGGAUUCAAAUUUUUAAGGACAUGGAUUUUUUGAGGACAAAACCAAAAUAUGUGGUCCCUACAGAGAAGGCCAUGUACCUGAACAGAAUUCUUCAGGAAACCUGCCCAAAGUUGCUGGAGUGUGGGCUUCUGAAAGAUGAGGAGAGGCAAUGGUGGGAGGAAUUCUCUUCUACAGCGAGGGAAAAGUUCCUUACACCGCCAAUCAAUGUAACUUUCCCCUUAGAAGACUUGAUUCCUGUAAGGAGCCCCUCAGAAUCAAGUGAACCUCCCGACUCAAUUCAACUAAUGGAGAGAACACUACAGGAGCUGGUUGAUAGGACAAAAAGAAAGUCAUUGGUAUACACUGGCCGAUACUUACACCAAAAGAAAAGGAAAACAGCUGGCUGAAACUGAUGUAGAUUUGCAAAAGGCUCUGGAUGAUUUUGUAUUGUACACAAUGGAAACUAAAUGUUUAUGUUAGUAAGACAAAAAUUCUAGUAUUUUCUAAAGGACCAAUGUCAAAAAAGGUAUUUUGUUACAAUAAUAAUGCAAUUGAAAAUGUAAAAGAAUUUAAGUAUCUUGGGAUAAUAUUUUCACGCUCAGGCUCAUUUUGUAAGGCCAAAAAACAUUUAUGUGAACAAGCACAGAAAGCAAUGUAUGGUGUUAUAAGGAAGAUAAGACAAUUUAACUUACCAAUUGAAUGUCAGUUGGAUCUUUUUGAUAAAGUUGUUGUUCCAAUUUUGACUUAUGGCUGUGAAAUUUGGGGUUAUGAAAACAUUGACAUCAUUGAGCGUGUACACUUAAAAUUUUUAAGACAUAUUUUCCAUUUAAAGAGUAGUAGGUCAUCGUAUAUGGUGUAUGGAGAGACUGGGCGAUUCCCAUUGUAUAUUAUCAUUUUUACAAGAAUGAUCUCCUACUGGUUAAAAUUGCUUACCACAAUUUUUUCAGAAAAUAAUUUAAAAUAGUUUGUGUUUUGUACAAAUAUCUAUGUUCUCACUAUUUUCAAGGAGGUCCAAAAAACCCAUGGGUAGAUUUCAUUUAUAAAAUUUUAACCUCUUGUGGUUUUUCUAACAUUUGGUAUGAACAAAGUUCUAUUGACAUAAAUUGGAUACUUGCAGCAGUGAAGCAAAGAUUAAGAGAUCAAUUUAUUCAAAAAUGGCAUAGUGAUAUUAAUCAUUCAUCAAAAGGUAGUAUUUACAAAAUUUUUAAGAACGAAUUUGGAUGUGAAAAAUAUCUAAGUAUUUUACCUAAUAAACUCCAAAAAAUAUUUAUAAAAUUUAGGACCUCAAACCACCACCUCCCUAUUGAAACUGGUAGAUGGUCAAAUAUUCCAUUAGAGGAAAGAGUUUGUAAAUUGUGUAAUACAGGGCAAAUAGCAGAUGAAUUAAUUUUAUUUUAGAGUGUAAAACAUUGAAUUGUAUCAGAAAGAAUCUUUUACACCCCAGAUAUUGUAAAAUGCCAAAUACUCUUAAGUUUUGUGAAAUUAUGUCAACGACAAAUUUAGAAUCUUUAAAAAACCUUUGUAUAUUUAUAUCUGAAAAAAAAGACACUGUCUGUCCUCCAUAAUCUAAAUGUUACCAUACCCUCUCUUUUCUUUUUUUAAAUUCUUUUUUCAUUGUAUGUUUAUUGCUAUACUAUGUGCAUAUGUUAU